AGGGGCCGCUGCGCUCGGCGAGGUGGUGUCCACAUGUGACCAGCUGAAACUAGUUCUGAAGACACAAAGGGAAGGAGCUCAGGAGCGCGGCGGCGGGGCAGCGAGCGACUAACCCCCGGGAGCCGCGCGGAGAUCGAGCACCGGAGCAAAGCGCAGCGCCCAGACAAAAUGCAGGUCCGUGGGCUCUUCCUCCUCCUGGUGCUGAUCCUCCUGGCUGCAGCUUCUGAGGCUGGUAAAAACAAGAAAGACAAGGUGAAGAAGAACGGCUCCGAAUGUGAGGAUUGGCGCUGGGGGCCUUGCACCCCAAAUAACAAAGACUGUGGUGUGGGCUACCGUGAGGGUACCUGCAAGGAGGAGACUAAGAGACUCAAGUGCAAGAUCCCCUGCAACUGGAAGAAGGAGUUUGGAGCUGACUGCAAGUACAAGUUUGAGAGUUGGGGCGGGUGCGAUGCUGCCACAGGUCUAAAGGCCCGUUCAGGUACCCUGAAGAAAGCCCUGUACAAUGCCGAGUGUCAGGAGACCAUUCAAGUGACCAAGCCCUGUUCUCCCAAGACCAAGUCAAAAUCCAAAGCCAGGAAAGGAAAGGGGAAGGACUAGAAGGGACGGGCCAACCCUCCCGUCUCCUAGACACGGUGCCUGAACCCAUCUGGACAUACACCACUCGGCGCUGCAGCAUGGUCCCCCCGCUCGGCGAUGUUUUGCCAAAUUCCAUUCUUCCUCCUCCCCAACUUCAUCCUUAACUGUGAUGCCUUUUUUAAUCACUAGUUGUGUAGAGACCAAAUCCGCCCUCGCCUGAAGGAGGUGCUGUUUACCUUCCCCAUACCCGCUCUGUGCCACUGUUUGGCACCUUUAUUUGGACCCCAGUGUUCCCUUUGCCUCUGUUUCCAGCUAUUCAGUGGAAUGUGCGUGAGGUGCUCUGGGCUGGGAGCAGCUAGAGCCCUUCAUGGUUUUGUUGCAGCUAAGUGGCCUUUGGCACAUCCUUGGCAAGCUCGUGGCCUGUCUGAUUCACAGUGGUGCUUUA